AAAAUACAUCUCAAAUUUCAACUACUGUUUUCAAGUUUUACUAAGCUAAAUCACUCAUUCCACAUGGGGUACCUAUUUACAAAUUUACAUGCAAGGUGAAAAAGCAGUUGUUACAAGGAAUAUGCUUAAUGUAUAAAUACUUCAGAAGAAAACUUCCCCAUCAUCAAUAAAAAAGGAGGAUGAAUGGAUGCUUUAUCUGCAACAAAGUUUCUUUACGGAAUGCUGUGAGCGUGUUUGGGGAAAUACCAUUUAAAUCGGGCAAGAGUACAAUUGCAGUGAUCGGUGAGGUAAUUGAUAAAAAUAUCAACAAGGAUGCUGUACAUACUGAGUUGCUAUGCAGGAAGUGCCAAAAAUAUAUUGUAGAGUAUGAUUCCCUGCAAGUCAGGUUAAAACAGAUAAAAACGGAAGUUAUAGAGAGUUUCAAGAAAUCUUUACAACGUUAUAAUUUAAACUAUGACACCUACGACGAUGAGCAUCCAAAGAUCAACAUACUGUCCAAGAAGUCUGAGCCCAAAAAGCUGGUGUUACAAGCGUCAAAAUUACUGCCCCUACCGCCGGACUUUGUGUUGUCAGAUGGAAAAUGGUCUAUGGCUAAAACAGGCUCAGCUAUACCUAAAAUAAAGAAUGUUAUGACUCUACCAUCAUCAUCAACAUUAAACCUCAAAGUGACGGUCGGAUCUUCAGUUUUAACGCAAAGCAUAAAUACAAACACGAUUGCAAACACCAAAGUUACACCAAACAUAACUGUAGAUCCAAAAUUAAUUACAACUUCAAAGGAAAACCAAAAAAGCGACCAAACUUAUACAACCACGUCCAACAACCAAGAGUAUGUGCAGAAUGAAGAAUCAACUUUAACAACCAAGUCUGUUGAUUGGAAAGUUUCAAAGAACAAAUCCAGUUCUGUCUUGACGUUUAAUGUGGACUCGUUGCCCAAGGAUUUCCUAUCGUCAACCAUUUUGAAAGUGGACGCUGAGUUUGAGAAAACUAACGAUGAGGAAGAGGGAAACCAGGAGUUAGUGAAUAAUGAUGAUCAGCCGAUGGAAAUAGAUGAAGAUUGUUCGGGUGCGGUCUUGUCGACAAAAUCACGCACGAAGUUGAAGUUCGAGGAAGAUAUAAAGGUGGAUGGAACAGAUAAAUUCGAGACGGAGUUUAUUGAUAUGAAACUAUUGGGCGGUUCCGAAGGACAAUAUGUGCUGGGGAAACUGAUGCUGCAAGACGACGAAUCUGACAACGAUGGCGAUGUUGAGGAACACACAAUAUUGAUGGAUGAACAGAACGGGUCAAUAAUCCGCGUGAUGGCGGGACAGAAGCUCAUGUAUGGGGACGAUGGUAAACUGACCCUCGUCCCUGAUGAUGAGCUGGACAACCAGGACAAUGAGAGCCAAGAUUCAAAUGAGGAGUCUCAGUUAGAACUGCAGGUGUCUGGUGAUGAGGAAACUGCCAACGCCAUUAUCGCGGCGGCACAGGAACAAGGCGGUGCGUUCAUAAAAGUGGAGUCGGGCGAGAUGUAUAGAGUGCAAUCUGUUGAAAGCAAAACCGAUGAAGAAGACAGUUUGAAACUGGAGGCACAGUCGGCGAUGAUUUUGAACGAAGACGGUCAAUUUCGGUGUCUCAUGUGCGAGAGGAGUGAAGACAAAGGUGAGCCAAUAUACGUUGGUGACUCGGAUGCUACCAUGUUACACUUGAAAAGCUAUCACUCUGCGAGGUUAUAUAUCUGUCGCGUCUGCGGCCAUAUAGAGAGAAGGAGAAGUGACUAUGCUCUUCAUAUGGAGGAGCACAACCCGAACAACAAGCUAAUGCAAACCGCCCUAAAGGCUCGCGUACAUCAGUGUAACAUCUGCGACAAGAAGUACCACUCAAAGGCGCUGCUGACGGGACACAUGAACAUGCACAACGGCUCGCGGCCCUACUCGUGCAGCAUCUGCCGGAAGACCUUCGCCUCCAAGUACACCCACCAAUCGCAUCUCAAAACGCACCUCGACCGCCCGCGCCCGUUCAAAUGCCACAAGUGCGAUAAGUCGUUCUUCACGCCGCAGAACUUGAGCCAGCACGAGAAAACACAUUCCAACAUCAAGGAUUUCGUUUGUAAUAUAUGCGGUAAAGCGUUCGGCACACAGCACAACCUCGAAGUUCACGGCGUGGUACAUUCGGGUAACAAACCGUUCGUUUGCGGCAUCUGCGGCAAAGCCUUCGCUAGACGCGCCGAAGUGAGAGACCACAUGAGAAUUCACACAGGUGAGCGCCCGUUCAAAUGCGACAUCUGCGGCGCGAGCUUCACGCAGCGAUCGAACCUGCACUCCCACAAGCGAGCCACGCAUCUGGACGACAAACGGUACCACUGCGCACAGUGCCCCAAGAAGUUUAAACGCAGACGGUUGCUGGACUACCACAUCAAGGCGUCCCACACGGGCGAGCGGCCGCUGGUGUGCGAGAUCUGCCAGGCCACCUUCGUGUACCCCGAGCACUACAAAAAGCACGUGCGCAUCCACAGCGGCGAGAAACCGUACAAAUGCGAGGUGUGCGGCAAGUCGUUCAACUCGCGGGACAACCGCAACACACACCGCUUCGUGCACAGCGACCGCAAGCCGUACGAGUGCGUCGUGUGCGGUACCGGCUACAUGCGCAAACAGCUGCUUUACCACCACAUGAACACCAGUGGCCAUCUGGCAGAGUCAAUAGUCGUGAAUCAACCAAGAGUCACUAAGUUGGGUGAAAAUUUGGUCGUAGAAAGCAAGAUGGACAAACUGCCUGAAGCAGUGAGUACAAUAUACGAAACAUCAGAAGAAUCUCAAGAGUUGGUCGCUGAAGAAAAAAACGAUAAAUCCAGUAUAAGUCUUAUCCAAGCGAGAGACGAUUCAACGGUGCUGACACUACAUGACGUGGACGGAGCUAUGAAGACUGAAGGGACGAUAAUAGAUCACUUAUCUGAGGAUACGAUCAGUGGAGAACAGGAAAACGGCGCGAUUCGCUUGGUGCCUAUCGAACUACCUGAUGGCAGCAGCGGGUGGGUGGCGAUCAACGCAUAAAGCACAGCAGUUACCAACCAGGGCCCCGAAUCAUGUGUACUAACUAACAUACAAUAUGCAAUGGAUAUACUGAGUCGGUCACUCAGUGGGCGAUGAAGAAUGUCCAAAUUUAAUAAAUUCGGAGUAAAAUAAGAUAUGAGGAGAUCCGAUUUAUCGCCAUGCUUAUUUCUGCCGCUAAGCUCCGGUCAGCAGGGCGUGGUUUCCGGUGUCAUUAAAACACACGUGGCUUCACAUCUACGGCUCAGGUUGAUGGGCACAAACCGGCACGUUGCAGGACGUGGUUUUCGCAGGUUUCCACUUGCCAUCAAGUGGGCCAUGUGUAUAAUAACGAUCCUAAAACCAUCCGACAGGGUCAAGUUUUCAUUGUCAUAAUAAAUUUUAACAACUAUAUGUAUUUCGGUUUAUAGUUUAAUAUAUUAUUAUUGGGUUAUAUAUAAAU